UUUAGUUUAAAGGGUCUUAUAAUCAAGGACGGAGGUAAUAUGUUUUUUCAGAAGAUUGUUCAAAGAUAAAUUAUUUGGUAUGCAAUGUUCUGUAAAUGUGUUUCUGGUAUACAUUCUUAUAGGAUUAGAUGGACCACAUUAGAUCAGAAAAAUACCCUUGGUAGAUGAAUCCAGAGUCCAGACAUUCAUUUACCAUUUAAUUUCCACGAUGGCUCUUUGUGAUUAUACAAUAGCAUAUGACACAUGGAGAUAGUAUGGUGUAGCAAUUUAUGUUGCAAAUAAAAAUGGGACUUGCCUUUUAUUUUUUUAUAUAUAUUUUUUAUCAGGGAGGUCUUCAAAGCAGCAUAGGCGAGUGCAGAGUGAAGAGUAGCGGUGAGAGGUUGGAAAUGGCUUACUCAAACGGGCGGCGCACCUUAGCAUACAGCCUGGCACGAGCACUUUGUUCGUCAUCCAGAAACGCUGCUUCUCCCUCUCGCUGUCGCUUCGCAUUCGCGUUGCUCCCCACCAGACAAAGCACACUCCUCCCUCGCUUCCCGGUUCGGACCAAAUCAUCCGGUUCGGGUUACUCUCCCCUCAACGACCCCUCCCCCAAUUGGAGCAACCGUCCCCCCAAGGAGACCAUUCUUCUCGAUGGCUGCGAUUACGAACACUGGCUCAUCGUCAUGGAGUUCCCCGAUAACCCUAAACCCUCCGACGACCAUAUGGUCAACAUUUAUGUCAAAACCCUAGCACAAGUUCUCGGAAGUGAGGAGGAGGCCAAGAAGAAGAUAUACUCUGUUUCCACUUCUACAUAUACAGGUUUCGGCGCCCUCAUUUCCGAAGAGCUUUCUUAUAAGCUCAAAGGUAAUGCUACUAUCAAUUUCAUUGCAACUCAUUCUUUUAUAGAUAUAAAUGGAGCUUAA